ACACCCUCAUGCAUUGAAUGCCACCGGCUCAGUGUUGUCCGUACCCCCGAUGACCUCCGAUUACCGGUCAAAUCUUGUGCUUGCUUCCUAAGCCUCCUUUCCAUUAGCACAUACUGCCUCCUUUCCACGCCUUUCGCCUUCUUGUGUCCCCGAAAAAAUCACAUUCACACCCGCACACGCUCUCUCUCUCUUGCUCGCUCAAUCUCCCCUUUUUCUCUCUCUAUAAACCAGAUCAACCCUACCCUACUUCACCUCUAACUCUUUGACAGUGCGAAAUGGAGAAGUUGAGUCUGUGAUUUAUCGGGCUGACAGCUUAGUGAGGUGGCUAUACGAUCGAGUAGAUGGAGAAGGAGAUGGGUUUGACGACGGAAGAUGCGAAGGGAUCCUCUUCAUUGUCGGGUUACAACGGUUAUCCAUUAUCGAAUGCUUCUGAAUUCUCUGAAGUGGAAAAGAGCUCUCUUGGGUUUAUGGAGUUGCUGGGUCUCCAAGACUAUAGUCCUCUGCUUCAUUUGCCGUCACCGCAGCAUGUGUCAACUAUCGACCCCUCUGCUCUGAAAGAUCUGUCUGAUACGGCCAAAGAGUGUUCCGAGGUCUCCAAUCAGCAACCUGCGACCCCCAACUCUUCGUCGAUCUCGUCGGCGUCCAGUGGGGCCGUGACUGUCAAUGACGAACACAGUAGAACUGCAGACCAAGCUGAAGAGCACUCCAAGACCAAGAAACAAUUGAAAGCCAAGAAGACAAAUCAGAAGAGACAGAGAGAGCCGAGAUUCGCGUUCAUGACGAAGAGCGAGGUGGAUCAUCUGGAAGAUGGGUACAGAUGGAGAAAGUACGGUCAAAAAGCUGUGAAAAACAGCCCCUUUCCAAGGAGCUAUUAUCGUUGCACCAGCGCUUCAUGUAAUGUGAAGAAACGAGUUGAGCGAUCUUUCAGCGAUCCAAGCAUUGUAGUAACAACUUAUGAAGGUCAACACACCCAUCCAAGCCCAGUUAUGCCUCGCUCGAACAUCGUCGGAGUGGAAGCUUCACUUCCGGCUGGUGUCUCCGCCGGUUAUUGUGCCACUUCCUUCGGUUCGCUGAUGGCAGGAAACCUACUAUCCCAGUAUCAUCACCCUCAGCAACGACAACUUCUCAAUAAUAAUACAUUAUCGUCCUGGAGCUUCCCCAUCAAUAGCAAUGCUGAUUUCACUUCAAAGAACGCUGCAUUAGCUUUUGCUGAGGACGGAAAAUUUUGUAAUUCUGGAGCCACUGCAACUUUUCUGAGAGACCACGGACUUCUUGAAGAUAUUGUUCCUUCACAUAUGUUGAAAGAAGAGUAGAAGAUUGUACUGCUUGUAGAUGCAAUUUCUUUUUGCUGACUUUGGUAGCUAGGAGACUUGUAGAUGAGAAUAUCAUCGCCGGCGAUCCAUCAUACUUUGUAAGAUACCUUUUCAUUUCUUUUUGCACAUAUUAAUAGCUCAAUGUGGGGACUGCCUAGCUCGUUUCAAUUUCCAUUGAGUUAGCCCUGCUGGGUCUGCCUCUGGUCUGCCUCAUUAUGUAUUGUACAUGAAUUAUUUUAGUUUGAUCUGAGCACAGCUUUCGUUGGCGUGUUCAGCGUCGACGGAGUGAACGGGGGGAAAAGUGAAUAAAACCGCCCUCAUCCGAUCUUCUGAAGUGAA